CAUAUUUAGUUUAUAUUUUUCAUUCAAAGAAACAACAUUAUGAAAUUAAUUUUAUUAUUAACCAUUGCCUUGACUGGUAUUUGCUUAACACAAGCUGCUGUCUAUACGGAAAGAUAUUUUCGCGAUGCCAAGCAUCCUGGCAAAUGUACGGUCGAUGGUAAAGUGUUGAGACCAGGCCAGACUAUUAAACAUCCCACAUUGGAUUGUGCUGAAAUUACAUGUGAUAAUUCCAUUGGCAUGGCCACCAUUGAAACCUGUGAUCCCAUUUCGGCUUUAGCAUCGCCAUUACAAGAACUUAAAUGUUAUGAUCGCACAAAUCCACCUAAGUGCUCAUGGGGCGAUUUUAGAAAUACUAAAGCAGAAUAUCCCAAAUGUUGUGAACGUCAUUUUACUUGUGUUUUUUAGUUGCAAAUGUUUUGAAAUUGUGAAAUAAAAAUGAAAAUGAUAAUAAACAGUUGUAUGGUACCCACGACUCUGUGUUGAAAAUUGGAAA